AUUCGUACCCUACGUAACUAAACAGUUCUCUUACACCCCGUAGUAUUUACUUUUUCUCAGUCCAGUCGACAAGAUGGCCUCAGGCUGUUAGGGGCUGGGAAUUACACAAAUGUGACGAUAUUGAUUUAAAUGUUUUCCAACGCGUACAAAUCGUCUACUGACCACCCGUAUUGGGCAAGUAUCACGGAUCAAUGGACACACAGAAUGUACAGACGACAAAAACUUUAAAUCUCAAAAAAGCAGGAAUGUUCUCAGGUAGAUCACAGUACCUGUGAUUAACUAAUCAGGCGCGUAGCUGUCCUGUAAUGAGCGGCGACCUUCAGCGCAUACCUAGAACAGGAAUCGGUCGAUAUCAAUCAUACCUUCGGAUACAUCUCGGCAAUUUUCCACCUCAGUUUUUGUGUUUGUGUAGUAACCGAAACGUGGGUAUUUACCGAAUGUUGAGGAAUGUAAAUAAGUUCUGGCACACAUGGGCUGAACAGUGUAUUUCAUACACACGUAGAGCUGGUCGUGUACCAGUUUAUCAAUAUCGGACGGGAGAUUACGUAUGGUGACGGGUACGAACUUACAACAGGGCGCUAAAGCUCGCUUGUCCGGGGGCAGGAUGGACCCGGUCGGUACCCUGCCCCGACCCCAGAAAGACUUUUUAUGGGAAGAGAAGCCCAGACUCCUCCGAGACCUCUUGUCCGCUGGUCGUCCUCCGUUUGUGGCUAAAUAUCAUGAAGGGGAUUUGACUAAAUACAUCAAAACAUGGCAAUAUUCCACUGAAAGCGCUGAUGACAGUGUCCUACAUUUCAUGGAGAUGAAGUCUCAUCAAAGAGUCGUCUGCAAAAAGAUGGUGCGGGACCGGAAAUCCUCCGAGUAUGUGACUGCUAACAAACGGGUGGAGAUCCUGUCCUCCGUCAAAGGUUGGUUUGAAGUUUUGCCAGAAGAUGGCCGUCCAGUGGAGUAUUUUGACUCCAUACAAGCGAUUGUAAACGUGAAGCCCAGGAGGUUCCUGGUUCGAACUUCAAUCGUUGGGUAUCAGCUGAGUGUGGAAGGUGGCGCUAGCUCCUGGGUGCCGCUGGAGAUCCCCCCGGGACAGGUUCUCACCACUGGAAUUGUCUAUAUGGAUCAGAAGAAAAGUAAAUCAAACGUUAAAAACUUCUUUAAGAAAAUUCUCAAACCGGUGAAACAUUCUCAGAAAGAUCAAGAGUUGAAGUACCUCCAAUGCUUCGACACGAGCGCACGUGAAGUGAUGAUACCACUCAUCAUGACUGGCGUGUUCAGUCCGGUGGGGGACCUGACCAAUAAUGACUUCGACUCUGUCUAUGAACUUCAGGAUUUAGUUGCCUCGUUCUCACUUCCAGUACGCGCGCAGUUGAUUCACGCGGACCCUGACGCAGGCGCACUUCCCAGUGGGUUAUUAAUGAUAGAAGGAGUAAAGGAAGAACUGACGAUCGUGGUGGGAAUUUAUCCGGUAAAUGAAUAUAGUGAACUUUUUGAAAUUCCAACAACCGCAAAAAUUCAUUUUCGGAAGGAUGUAUCUCAAGGUCACGCGAGCAAACGUAAAAAGGAACCCGUUAUCAUGGAUACAGAAGAACGUAUCUAUGAAAAUAGCGCGCCAUCAGAAUUAGAGGUGGAACUUCCUGUCCGUAUCAAAACGAGCAAGAAAUCAAAGGGACCCGGUAUAUUUGAUAAACUAAGCUUACGUUCAAAAGGCAAAAAGGAACGUGCGACUUUAAAACAGCUUCAGGAAGAGGGCGUGUUUUCUUCCAGACUGACAAAAAGUGACUUCAACUUAGAAGCUUACGCAGACGACGACGGCGAUAUUGAUGGAAGUAAGACUUCACAAGGAGAUAAGGUGGAGUCCCAAAGGCUGGAUUACACAGACGAUAACGACCCUGUAUAUCGACCCACUCAGUACUCACAAGAGGAAACUGUUUACCAGGGCAGGAAUCUCCCGCCAAUUCCAAAAUCUCCAGAAGAACGCGAACCAUUGUAUGAAGAACUUCCAGUCGCCCCAAGUCCUCCAUCCGAAGAAGUUGUUCCUUGCUAUAAACCCCACGCCCAGGACGAUGACUACAUGAGUCCUGCGCAGGUCAGAAGAGAAAAAGAACGAAGCGGUGUGUACAACAAGCCUCCGAUAGCUCCGAGAAAUUCCACUAAAACUAAAGAUUCUGUUUAUAAAUCUCACAGGGAGGACCCAUUAGAUUUUGACAAAUUGUUUCCGUUUACAGAGGAUGGAAUUGUGAGAGAAAUUAAUAAACCGGAAACGGAAUUUGGAGACAGCCAGAUGUCUGUGCAGGACUUUGAAAUACCUCAGUAUAGCUCAGCAAUCAAUACACAGACAGCUGACUGCACCCCUUACCAUGGAGUGCGCAUGCGUGCAUAUGAACACAGAAUGGACAGUGAUCCUUUCAAUUCCUUGACCCGAAUGCGAUCUCGGUCUCAUAAAAACUUGGUGUUGGACCCCAAUGCCACGCUUCGAAGUCAUAACAUUAGACAUGUCAACAACGUCAUGAACGUUUUCGAUGACAUAAAUUCACCUGUCCGGCAUCCAGACUCGGCCUUAUCACAGGAGUCUGUUCCAGUCCGGGAAUUUAGUCACCGUUUAUCCCUCUUUGAGCCUGCGCAGUUUGACCGACGAUCUCUAUACGCCACGAGUGAACCAGGAAGUAAACGCUAUCAGAGGUCAAUGUCAUCCAUUGGAAUCAAUGAAAUGUCCUUUUCUCGGCAGGAGGACUCCGUUUUGUCAGGUGACUAUGGUUACCAUGGAGGCAGUGAAUACAGUUACGCGGAAUAUGGCGAAGAACAUAACGACGGUUGGAGACCUCCAAUUGACCUUUCCAACCUCAGUGUCCAGGAGGUUUCGCGGUCACUGAGAUAUAUUGGAAUGAAAGAUCGCGUGGUGAAGCGACUGGCAAACGAACAGAUAGACGGCCAACUGUUGUGUUCCCUAGAUAAAAACUUGCUCCGUGAGGGUUUUCCAGAACUGAAUGCAUUAGAUGUUAAAAAGAUAGUGGAUUUUAUCAAAGGCUGGAGGCCAAAGAAAUGACCACCGUCCACUUUUGUAUGAUGUGUCUGUGAUAUGCAAUAUGCACAUGGGGGGCCCGCCCAUUAUAUAUUUUGAAGUAUCUCCGUAUCGUUAUUUGUCAGCGCUAGAUUUGUUUGGUUAGAUGUUGUAUACUUGGACAUUUUCGUCUCCAUUUUGUCGCGAUUCACGUGGUCAUAAAAUAAUUGUUUACAUGGCAACCGCCAACCUCCAUGAAUAAUACCGAACCACGUUCUUGUUUAUACACCUUUUUAAAACGUGUACCCGUUUUUACACCUUUCGAAACGCGUACCCGUCUGUACACCUUUCAAAAUGCGUUACAUUUUUCUACACCUUUAAAAACGCGUACUUGUGGGUGGUUUUUUUUUUUUUUUACACCUUUCGAAACGCGCACCUGUUUCCGCCUGUUUGUACAUCUUUUGAUGUGUGUACCUUUUGUACACCCUCUGAAGCGCGUACAUUUUGUACACCUUUUGAAGAUCUUACCUGUUUGUACACCUCUUGAAGCGCGUACCUAUCUGUACACCUUUCGAAAUGCGUACCUGAUUUUACACCUUUGGAAACGCGUACCUGUUUGUAUACUUUCUGAAGCGCAUAUAUUUUGUACACCUUCUGAAGAGCAUAUAUUUUGUACACCUUUUGAAGUUCGUACCUGUCUGAACGCCUUUUCAUGGAUUUUGAUAUAUUGACUGUAAUAUGAUGAAAGUUAGAACAAUUGUAAUGAUUAUUGAAGACCUUUUUUUAAACAGAAAAAUUCAUUUAAGAAUAACAAACCCUUACCAAUAUUACCUGAGCACGACUCUAACCUUUCGUUGAUUGAAACUACGGAUCGGAAUUUCAUGUCUUGAUCGUUUCGGCGGUGUAAACAAACAACAUUUUGUUACGUGAUUCGAGACAUUGCUUCAUUAUCAUCCUCGUUGGUGGACUAAGGCGAAUUCAAUACGAGGCAACAUAGUGCUUAAAGUUGAAAAUUUCCAAGCCUACGGACAUGUGCUAUUGUUUUGUUUGUGGUGUCCAUACAUUUGUGAGGGUCAAUAACAUUUUAUGAGUUUUCAUUUUCUCAAUAUUCGUCUCAUUUCUCAGCAGGGUAGUGCAUUUAUAUUUAAAAAAUCUCAAUGCAGCUUAUCUUUGUGAUCGUAUAUUUCAAUAUUUUUUUUAGAAUUAUUCUUUGAUAAUACAUAUAUUGAUAAUCAGACAAGUAAA